AGUUCCAGUGCGCAGACUAAGCACCUCAGCUGCACGGUCCGGCACUGACCAACUCUCUGCUCUGAAGGAUGAGUUCGUUCAGCACGAGGGCUCUGACGCUGCUCUCGUCGGUGUUUGGAGCGUGUGGUUUGCUGCUGGUGGGCGUCGCCGUGUCCACGGACUACUGGCUGCUGAUGGAGGAAGGAAUCGUCCUGCAGCAGAACCAGACCAUGGAGGUCAAGAUGGCCCUGCACUCCGGCCUCUGGAGAGUCUGCUUUGUGGCAGACGCCAUCGUGACUGGACUGAAACUGCUUAAUCUCUUCCCAGUUUGGGCCAUACCAGAGUCCAAAUCUUUAGUGCAGUGUCUGGACCGUGACCUUUACUUCUACCUGAAUGCACCAUCAGUCACAGAGCAGCCUAAGGUGACGGAGGACCAGCUGUUUCCUCCUCCUCCACUGUCCGUCCUUCUCCCAGUAAAACUGGCUCCUCUUAUCCUCUAUCUGGUCCAGCCAGCCGUCAUUCGUAUUUCCGUGGAUCAAAAUCAGCCGCUCCUAAACUUCAUGUACGCUCAGUACUUGAGUUGUCUCAGCCUGGUGGUGGGCCUGGUGUUGUACAUUUCCAGCAUUAAUGACGAGGUGAUGAAUCGACCCAGAGAGCCUGAACAAUUCUUCCACUACCACUACGGCUGGUCCUUCGCCUUCGCCGCCUCGUCCUUCCUGCUCAAAGAGGGUGCAGGAGUGAUGUCGGUCUACCUGUUCAUGAAGCGUUACGCUGAGGAAGAGCUGUACCGCCCCCACCCUGCUCUCUACCGCCCCCGCAUGUCCGACUGCAGCGACUACAGCGGCCAGUUCCUGCACCCGGACUCGUGGGCUCCGCCGCAGCGCGGCCGCAGCGGCUCCGACGUCUCCUCGGACAUCUCCAUCCAGCUCAACCAGACUCCCCCGCCCAAGCCGAGCCUGAAGGGCGGCGGCGGCUCGCAGGCGACGCCCUCGUCCUCCGGGCCGUCGUCGGCCGCCAGCUACCAGCUCCAGGCGGCCUCCUCCUCCUCUACCUCCUCCUCCUACCCCCACCCGCUCCACCCCGGUGCCACCUCUACCCUGACCCGGGUCUCCCACGCCCACGCCCACCCCCACUCCCAGCACCAUCCCCACCCCCAGCACCACCCCCACCCCAGCGGACCCCCGCCCCAGUCCCUGCCCAUGGUGGGGCCGCCCUCCGCCGUGCCUCCCCCGCGCUACCACGCACACACGCGGAUGAGCGCCUCGCCCUGCUAGGUUUCUGGGAUUUGGAGGGAAAUUCUGCUGGGGGAGAAUGGGGGGGGCAUUAGCUACGGUG